UUUGUUUGUAUCAGGAUGCAGGAACAGAGACCAGACUCUCCUGGACCCAGCUGUGAGGAACAGAGACCAGACUCUCCUGGACCCAGCUGUGAGGAACAGAGACCAGACUCUCCUGGACCCAGCUGUGGGGAACAGAAACCAGACUCUCCUGGACCCAGCUGUGUGUCCAUGAAGAGUGACUGGUCGAUAGGUCGUUAUAUUGACUUUAAAGAUGGACGUCCUGCUGAUGGAAGAGUUCAACAGGAGAGCUCCGAGGUUCACACAGAUCAACCAGACCAGCAGAAUCUAACAGACCUGGACUCCAUCUUUAUGCUGCUGGAGGAGAACAUCGUCACCUUUGUGAAGAAUGAGCUGAAGAGAGUCCAGAGAGGUCUGAGUCCAGAUUACCCAGAAUGCUUAGAGAGUCAGAGUGAGGAUGAAGAUCAGGGGAGAAGCUGUAAAGAGGAUUUUAUGAAGAUCACUCUCCACUUCCUGAGGAGAAUGAAGCAGGAGGAGCUGGCUGACUGUCUGCAGAGCAGAACGUUUGGUGCAGUGCAACAGAAACUCAAAUCUAACCUGAAGACGAAGUUCCAGUGUGUGUUUGAGGGGAUUGCUAAAGCAGGAAACCCAACCCUUCUGAAGCAGAUCUACACAGAGCUAUACAUCACAGAGGGAGGGACUGGAGAGGUCAAUGAUGAACACGAGGUCAGACAGAUUGAAACAGCAUCCAGGAAACCACACAGACCAGAAACAACCAUCAGACAAGAAGACAUCUUUAAAGCCUCACCUGGAAGAGAUGAACCAAUCAGAACAGUGAUGACAAAGGGAGUGGCUGGCAUCGGGAAAACAGUCUUAACACAGAAGUUCACUCUGGACUGGGCUGAAGACAAAGACAACCAGGGCAUACAGUUCACAUUUCCAUUCACUUUCAGAGAGCUGAAUGUGCUGAAAGAGAAAAAGUUCAGCUUGGUGGAACUUGUUCAUCACUUCUUUACAGAAACCAAAGAAGCAGGAAUCUGCAGGUUUGAAGAGUUCCAGGUUGUGUUCAUCUUUGACGGUCUGGAUGAGUGUCGACUUCCUCUGGACUUUAAAAACAACGAGACCCUGACUGAUGUCACAGAGUCCACCUCAGUGGAUGUGCUGCUGACUAACCUCAUCAGGGGGAAUCUGCUUCCCUCUGCUCGCCUCUGGAUAACCACACGACCUGCAGCAGCCAAUCAGAUCCCUCCUGAGUGUGUUGACAUGGUGACAGAGGUCAGAGGGUUCACUGACCCACAGAAGAACGAGUCUAGCCGAAGAUACGAAGAGGAGCUCCACCGACAAAGAAAACUGCUGGAUGUGAUUUUAACUCCUGAAAUCAAGCUACAGAGAACAGAUGUCCAGCAGCUGUUGGUGAGUAAAGAAGAGCUUCCACCUGAGCAGCAGGAGUGGAGCCACAUUCUGGACCAGGAGGACACUAAGCCCCAACACAUUAAAGAAGAACAUGAGGAACUGUGGAUCAGUCAGGAGGAAGAACAGCUUCAAGGACUGGAGGAGGCUGAUACCACCAAGUUCCCCUUCACUCCUGUUUCUGUGAAGAGUGAAGAUGAUGAAGAGAAACCUCAGUCCUCACAGCUUCAUCAGAGACAAACUGAACAGAUGGAAACAGGAGUUGAUGGAGAGGACUGUGGAGAAGCAGAACCAGAGAGAGACUCAGAUCCAGAGAGACGUUUACAACCAGAGACUGAGGUCGAGACUGAAGACUCUUAUGAACCUGAGACUGAUGACAGUGAUGAUUGGCAAGAGACAAGAGAAGAUCUGUCAGAAUUAAACCUGAAAAAUAAGAAACUAAAGACUGGUAAGAGACCACACAGGUGCUCGGACUGUGGUAAAAGAUUUAACAAAAAAGGCCAUCUGACCAGUCACAUAUCAGUUCACACCGGAGAGAAACCCUUCAGUUGCUCUGAGUGUGGUAAAAGUUUUAACCAGAAACGGAUUCUGAUCAGACACAUGUGGCGAUAA